AUGGCGGCGGCGGCGGCGUUCCUGGCCCGCGGCGGCGGGGCGCCCAGGGCACUGGCCUUUGGGUGCCUCCGCCGACUGCACACGGUGUACCAGACAGCGGAGCUGCCAGAAACCCACCAGAUGCUGCGUCAGACGUGCCGGGACUUCGCAGAAAAGGAGCUGAUGCCUCUGGCAGCUCAGCUAGAUAAGGAGCACCGCUUCCCGGCUGAGCAGGUGAAGAAGAUGGGUGGCUUAGGGCUGCUGGCUAUGGACGUGCCGGAGGAGUACAAAGGAGCAGGCCUUGACUAUCUGGCCUAUUCCAUUGCCGUGGAGGAGAUCAGCAGGGGCUGCGCGUCCACGGGCGUCAUUGUCAGCGUCAAUAAUUCUCUGUAUUUAGGGCCAAUACUCAAGUUUGGCUCUGAAGAACAGAAGCACAAGUGGAUUGCUCCCUUCACAGGUGGAGAGAAAAUCGGAUGUUUUGCCCUUAGUGAACCAGGAAACGGCAGUGAUGCAGGUGCGGCAUCCACAGUGGCACGCCUGGAUGGUGACGAGUGGGUUCUGAAUGGCACCAAGGCCUGGAUCACCAACGCCUGGGACGCCUCGGCCACCGUGGUGUUUGCUACUACAGAUAAAUCCCUGAAACACAAGGGCAUUAGUGCGUUCCUGGUUCCCAUGCCAACUGCUGGGCUGUCACUGGGGAAGAAAGAAGACAAGCUGGGAAUCCGAGCCUCUUCCACUGCCAACCUGAUAUUUGAGGACUGUCGGAUACCCAAGGCCAACCUACUGGGGCAGCUGGGAAUGGGCUUCAAAAUCGCCAUGCAAACUUUGGAUGCAGGAAGGAUUGGUAUUGCGUCACAGGCUCUUGGAAUAGCACAGGCAGCUCUGGACUGUGCUGUGGAUUAUGCUGAAAAGAGAAUGGCCUUUGGGUCACCCAUCACAAAACUACAGGCAGUGCAGUUUAAGCUAGCAGAUAUGGCUCUGGCCUUGGAGGGUGCGCGCUUGCUGACCUGGAGAGCUGCGAUGCUGAAAGACAAUGGGAAGCCAUUCACAAAGGAAGCGGCAAUGGCCAAGCUGGCUGCAUCAGAAGCUGCAACAGCCAUCGCUCAUCAGGCCAUCCAGAUCUUAGGUGGGAUGGGCUACGUGACAGAGAUGCCAGCAGAACGCCAUUACCGCGACGCUCGUAUCACCGAGAUCUAUGAGGGGACCAGUGAGAUCCAGAGACUGGUGAUAGCAGGUCAACUGCUGAAGGCCUACCGUAGCUGAAGAAGGCGACUAGAGCAAGACACUGCCCCAGCGUGUCUCGUAACGGUGCACAACAGUGAUCGAGUCUUGGCCCUCUUGAACAAGGCUAAUGAUGGAAGUUUUCCUCACCACUGAGUAACUGACCCUCUUGUUAAAAUGUGCUGAUACUUCUUUGGACAAAGUACGGUGCAUGGAAGGCCAUAUCUAGGUUUGUAAGUGAUGGCUGUGAGUGCAGGAGGGAGAGGCACCCUGUCCUUGUAGGGGAGUGCAGGUCUUUCCCUAAACCAGAGCAAUGGUUUGGUUAGGUUGUGGCAAAAUGACUUUGCUGUUCAGUAAAGUCAGCAGCUCUCCCUGUGUGUUUCCCAGCCGCUGCCUGUUUUGCCAGGAUUUGUCACUAUGUGGUACUCGAUAACCAAAGUUCAAGGCACUGAGACAUGUGACCCCUGUUCCAGGCUGUGGGUUACACUGCCUCUUCUGAUCAGACUUUGAUGAAUUUCAGGUGUGGGAUGCAGCUAUGUGUGAGCUCCUAACUGGAUACAGGCUGUGCCGAGGUAAUACUUGCAGCAGCGCACUUUUCCCCACUUUCGGCAGGAGAGGAGCCAGACGGGCGGACACAGGUACUACCUGCGCACAAAGGGCUCUUCGUACAGGCUGUGGUUGCUGUCUAUGUAGAUGUAAAAACAAAGGUCAGUAAAAAAAACUCGAUCUUGCCUGGCAGAGUGCAGCAGCCUGCUCGCUCAGCCACUGACGGGUGUAGGUGUAAAAGCAAAGACAGAAAAGCUGCAAUGCCCGAGACUGAUUUUUAAAAAAAAAAUACCAGAAAAACCUCUGCUCCCAAAGCUGCUUUUACUAUACCAACAACUACCCUACAGGAAAGAAAGUGCAUGAAGUGGCAAUAACAGCCUUUAAUCUCUAUCUGUUUUGGGCAACAACAAGGAAAUGAACAGAUGACAUAGAAAACCUUGCCAGGAAGCUUUAGCAGUAGCACAUAUCCUCAAUCAGUUAUCUUUGGCAAGAAAUUAACUUUUAGAAGAUUCAACAGCCAAAAGAAAAGCUCUAAACUCAGGAAAAGAUGGAGAGG